AUGCAAUGUUGUAGAGCAACACCUAAAAUCAAUAAUACGUUAACUCCAGUAUCACAUUUAUACUCUGAGUUCUUAAUUUCUAAAAUACUCUGGAAGAAAUUCAGCACCAGUGAUCUUAUUCAAGUGUUAAAAGAAAUUAAAAAAAUGCGAUUCCAUAUAUUACUAACAGCUUUGGUAAUCAUUUUCUCCAUUUACUAUACCCAAAGUAAUAUGAUCCCAAAAUCACACAAACAUCCAUCUCAAGAAUUUCCAUUUCGAAACUACUAUGGACGUUUUGAUGAAAGAUCAAGUUACAUGCCAUUCCAAAAGAAAUUUCAUGUAGCUAAUAUGUGGGACGAUUUUGACGAAUAAGGUGAGUAUUAACACCAUAAUUAUUAUUAAGUAUUUACGUCUGUUACUACACGUGGAGAAGCAUAAGCCGCUCACCAUCACUCUCCAUCCAACCCUAACCUGAGCAAUCCUUUCCAGGUCUUUCCAGUUCUUAUUCAUCAUUUUCACAUCUGCUUCGAUUUCCCGACGUAAUGUGUUCUUU